AUGCAUUCAUCUCCUCGAUUUUCUAAAAACAAUUGUCAACAUAAUGAGCGUAAUUCUAUGCUCUCAACUUCUAGUGGGGGCAGCUCUACUUUAAUGGAUCAUGUUUCUCAAAAGCAUUUACGGCAAAAGGGAUAUAUUUCUGUAAAUCAGGCAAAUCGACAACAAAAUUUCAGAAAAUUUACUUCUUCUGUAAGUAAACCAGGCCAAGCACGAGAAACGCGUGAGGCAAUUUCAAGAGUUUUAAAUGCUGCAAAUGCAAAUCCUUUUAGACCUCCUCCAAUAUCGGAACCUAUUGACUACGAAAAAUUUAUUACAGAAAAGAGUGCUCAACUUGAAAAUGACAGAGAUAGGGAUAUGCUUUUAUUUUUUCGUGAUGAUGUUUCUGGCUCAGAAAUUUAUCCUCGCGAGAGAACAGCCGUUCCUUCAAUCAAAACUCGACAUAUUGAAGAAGCCAAUUGGUUAUUGGCAAAAGAUGCCCUCAAAUUCUAUUGUUCUCCUUACAUUGUUAUAAAUUUUAAUUAUUUAAAAUUUGCUGGAGAUUUCAAAAAAUUUAUUGCUCCAACUUUAAAUAGUUAUUUACGAUUUGAAUCUGAUAUUAUUUUGGACGAAGAAAAAUUGCAAUUUGCAGAACAGAAUAUGUCAAAUGAAGUACUUAAGGAAGGAAAUUUAGUUGUUUUGCCUGGGGACAGUAUUGUUGACAGUUUCAAAAGUGAAAAGAAGCGUUAUUGCAUCCUUCGCCGUUUGGAUGACUGUAAAGUUUUUAUUGAAGUUUACAAACAAAAUACUACACAACAAUUAUUUCCUGCAUUGGAAAUUAAAUCGGCGCAAAUAAAGGGAACUAAAAGAGGAAAAACACUUCAAGUUUGUUCUGUCGAUUCUGAUAAACGAACUCUUCUAUUUUCUGCUGAAAAUGAAUCUGAUCUUCAAUUUUGGCUUUUCGAAAUUGAUAGAGCAAUUGCUACAAAGCAGAAUAAGGAAAUAAUAACCUCGGAAGAUAGUGCUUCACUUAAUUCGUCUCUUCGUGAAAAUUCUGCCAAUGCAUCGUAUCCAACUGCAGGAAGUUCUUCUCAUGACUCUGAAAGUUUAGCAAGCGAAGAUAGUGUUGGAGUUCGCGAUUCAAUUUCGUUUUGGAGAGGAAAAAAUGCGGCUGCAAAAGCUCUUCGGCCACCAAUUAUUGAAAGAAAUAAUUUAUUCGCUCUUUAUUGGGAUUUGGAGCCAUUACAUGAACCUUCAAAUGCCGAAAAUAGCCCUUUAGCUGAACCUCUCGAUGAAAAUGAAUUGAAUAAUGCAAAAAGUGUUCGACAAAUUCUCCCCCUAAUGUCGGCACAAAAAUUACAACCAAAAAAGUCACUUUCCUUGCUUUCUGCUGAUGAUACUGGAUCUACAUCAACACUAAAUGUGACGGCUGUGUCUCUUGUUAAUAGAGAGGAAUCAAGUCCAGAUCCAUCUCAUUUCGAAUUGUUUGGAGAAAAGUCUGAGUUACUCUUUACUGCGAAAGUCAAACAGUUUGAAUUAAAGGCUCGUUUCUCGUGCCGAGAUGCACCUGAACAGAUUGAACCUUUCUUUCUUCGUCUUUUCCUUUUUGAUGCAAGUCAAGGCAGUAGAAUUUCUGAAGAAUUUCAUAUUGAAAUUCCAACUCAAAGGUACACUGAGUUACGAAAUAGUAAUUCUAUGGUAGUCAUUUCAUCAAAACAACAUAAUGGAAGAGUUCACGGAAUCAGUAGACAAAAAAUACAAUCAGCAGAAAGAAUAAUUUGUUCAAUUCAAAAUCCUCGUCCCGAUUUAUAUUUGGUAGCUAUUGUUGAAAGAAUUCUCUCUGAUAUUCCUGCUGAUAUUUAUACAAAGCCUAAUAAUUCAAUAGAUGCUAAAACAUCAGUAAAAAUACAGAAAUCUAUUUCUGCAUCCUUUUUACGCCUUAGCCAUCUGAAAACAACUUUUGCCUGGACAGCAACACCAAUUUUUCCGUCACUUACAAAUGGUGGAAGUUAUUCAGUCCAAAAUAGUUGCAUUCGGAAUUGUCCAAUUUAUAAAUGUGAUGGACGUUUGACCGAUGUUGAUCUACAAAAAUUAUUAAUUGAUAUGCAGAAACCAGAGAGAACAGGCAAAUGGGCAUAUCUCCCCAAUGCUGGGUUAACUUUAAUGGCUGAUAUUACAUCAAUUUCGAGCCAAAUACCUAUGCGUAUUUCUUCUACAUAUCAUCCACUUCGUCCUUGGAGAGCAAUUACUCCUGAAGGUACUGAGGUGACUCCCUCUCCUUCGCCAUCUUUUGAGUUGCAAUCAUUUGUGGAACAAAGUGUCUAUCCAAUUUCACUCAACUAUUCUGCCCAAAAAACAUUCACUCGUGCACGUAAUAUUGUGUGUAACAUAAAAUGGGUUUGUAAUAGGCAAUUUGAUAAAAACAGUUCAUCACGCUCUUUUUCUUCAAUAUCUUCCCCCCAAUCGUCACCAAUCUUUAAUCGAAUAGAACCCAAUGGACCUUUAGUUAAAUCUUACAAUUGUGCAGUGCAAUAUCACGAACAAUGGCCUUAUUUUAAUGAUGAAAUAAAAAUUCAAUUGCCUACAGCGCUUGAUUUAACUGAUCAUCUACUUUUCACUUUUAGUCACGUUUCUGUUGCAAAUGCACUCUCUGGAAAACAAAAUAAUGAACAAAUAGAAACUCCAAUUGGCUAUUCUUGGCUUCCAUUUACUUGUGAGAACAAUCUUGGACUUUUACAGUUAAUUAUGUCCUCAAAUGUGGAGGAAUUUGAAUUACCUGUUGCUGCAAAUCUUCCAAAAAAUUAUUUUAAUUUUGGCCUAACUGGAGGAAAUAAAGAAGGAACAAUUUCUCAAUUUUUUCAUUCUGAGAUGCCUAAACUUGUUGAUGGUGGAAAGAGUUUAUUUAAAGUUCGUCUCCGCCUAAUUUCUACAAUUUUUACCACUGAAGAGCGUAUCCAGAAUUUUUUCCAACUUUGUCAAUGCAAUUUUAGUGCAUUUGAAAGUUUAGGUUCUAUAAUGGAUUUAGCUUCAACUACUAACAGUAAUAACAAUGAUUCGCCUAUUUUAAAAAAUCGUUACAAUGAAAAUAAUAUUUGCUCGGCCUCUGAUUUACAUGAAAGUCUCUCUUCAUCACUUGAACAAAAUUUAAACGGUGAACAAGAACUUGUUAAUGUUGUUGAGCUUUUGGCAUCUGUUGAUAUUGUCAGAAUAAUUCCAUUUGUUGAGGUUAUCUUCAAUCGUCUAUUUAGCCUUUUAACUAUUUCAAAAACUCAAGAACUCGCACUUACCUCAUUGAGCACAAUAGUUAAAUUAGUUAAUUCUCUGUAUGUUGGUCGUAAGUCAGGAAGGUCCAUUCUCCGUAAUUAUAUUCGUCUUCAUUUUAAUUCCACUAUUGGAAAUCAAACUGGAGAUUGUGAAACACUUCAUGGAUCUAUUUGUAAAUUAAUUCCGGCUUUGUUUAAUAAAUACGAGCGUGGAAAUGAUAUUUCCUCUCUUGACAUUCAAUGCUUACUACGCCAGCUAUGGUUUUUAUUUGAUUGUUGUACCAAAUCAAUGGCACAUUGGCUAAUUUUAAGUAAUUUGAUACGAGCACCACGAACUUAUCGUUUUCCGAAUGAUCAGUAUUUUUGUUUAGAGGAACUUUUUAAUUCUCUUAUGGAACAAAUUAUUGAGAAACAUAAUAAAUAUCCUGAAGAAUGUCGUUCUGCUAAUUUGGCAAUGGCUGUUUUUAUUAAAUAUUGUUUGAGUUUAAUGGAUCGUCAUCAAAUUAUGAAAGAAUUACAUAGCAUUGUUAGAACUAUGGAUUCGGUUGGCUCUAGGAAUUUCCGCAUUUAUAAAUUUGAAUUGCUUCAUGUACUCACUGGACAUGAGCAUUGGAUCCCUCUUUGUUUGCCUUUAUUAACUGACAAAUACGGGAAUGUAAUGCGGGGCGACUCUAUUAUCUUUGAUGGUCUUUCUUCUCAAAACCAACCAUCAAAAGCUGGAGGUGCUGGCGGAUUCUUUUCCAAAUUAUUUUCACAUAUUUUCUCGCCUCCUUAUGCCUCACAUGAAUCAAAUGAAAUUGACAGAUGUAUAGAAAGUUUUAUUUUCUUUUUUCUUAUAAAUAUUUUUUCAGAUUCAACAACAUAUAGCGAGCACUUCUUUUGCAGUGAAACUUAUUGCAGUGUUCACUUUUUGCUAGGAUUGCUUUUCCAAGAAUUGACAUUCUCACUAAAGGAAUCACGCGAAUAUAGACGUAAAAUCAUUCGGCUUCUUCGUAAUUUAUUAGCAAAACAUUGCCAGGACCAGAGAUAUGGUGACACCUCAGCUCGUAACCGAAUAGCCAUUCUAUACUUACCUUUAGUUCGUUUUGUAACCGAACAUAUUCGUGAAUUGGAAGCUACUUCUAAAGGAUUAAUAAAAAAUGAAUCACCAAUGUUAUCGCCAGUAACAAGGCCUAAAGUCAAUUCUUCUGAUUUUUCGUCACUUUCGAGUGCUGGUGCUGAAACAUUAAAGCAACGUCUUACUGCUGCAACUAGCACUCCAAGCUCUCAUCCUUCUAGCAAUUCAAAUCUUUGUAGAAACAGUAACCUUACUACCGUCUCUCUCCAUACAAAUUCGCCUUCCCAGGAUACCAGUAGCAAGACAUCACAAAUUGACAAACAACCGAAUUCUGUUGUUGUGCUUUUGGCUGAAAAGCUAGAUAAAUCUGAAGUUCGCGAUCUCAUCCUUACCUCUUUAUACGUGCUUAGCAACAUUCCUAAAAAAAUCUUGGCCGCAUUCUGGAAUGCCCAAGAAGCAGCAUUGUUUACAACAAAAAUUCAACAACAACAAGUCUCCAUUACUGACAAAAAUAUCAAUGCCAGUGAUGAGCCAAUUACAACACGACAACAACCACAAAAUUUGCUGCUAGAUUUUAUUAGAUUUUUGGAAUUGGCACUGUUAACUUUUCGUUAUCGUGGGCGUUCCUAUCAUAUUGUGCAGCAAGAGAAGAGAAUGAAACAUAAAAAUGAUGCCCCAUACUCUGUUCAUAAUAAUUAUGAUACAUGCUAUUCACAGGCAGAUGGAUGCUUUGCUAAAACAGCGACAACAAAUGAUUUUUCGGAAUCGUUUGGUGCUCAAAGCGCUGUAGAUGACGGAAAUGGAACGACAAGUUUUCAAAUGGAUUGUCAUUUAGCCCAAGAGGUUGCAUUAGUUGUUUUGGAAUGUAUUCAAAUAAUUUCCAAUCAAGUUUCGUUAAAAACAAAAUAUAAUACAACUAAAUAUUAUGAUGCUGUUUUUGUUCGCCUUUUAAAUCUGGAAUUGGAAUUACUCAGCGAAAAUUGGCCAGAGACUAUUAGAUUGCAGACAUUGGCAGCACUUGCAGUUUUUGUCAAUCUUUUCUCUUCUCGUUUCUUCCAUUCUGGGCCUUUGGAUUGUCUCUCUACUUUAGUGAAGACGUUGCUCUUACAAUUAAAUAGUCGAAUAUCAAGAAUUCAAACAUCGGCAGCAGCUCUUUUACAAUUAAUUUUGAAAGGUGGAUUUGAUGCUUCUACGGCAUUUUCAGCAAAACUUUCUUGUUCCAAUUUAAACUUACAAAAGAAUCAUUCCAAUUAUUCAAUGUUAUUAACCGAAAAGUUGGGCCGUCCAGGAGCACAAAUUUCUGUUGCGUUAGCGCGUUUACUUAGCGAGAAACAAUUAGAUAAUUUUCGUUUUGAGAGAGGUCUGCUCAAAAUUGAAUCUUUGGUUGCUGGUGGAAAUGAUAAACAACAAUCUACUAAUUCCUCUUCUCUUGUAAUUACUUCACUUUUUGAGAGAGCUGUUUUAGAAUUAGUAAAACAACUUCGUGGCGUUCUUGAAGCAACUCGAGCAAUUACUGAUAUGAUUAAUAAUCCAAUACAAAUGGCUGAUUUACAUGUACAAUUGGCUGAUAGCUAUCGUGGCUCUGCCGCAUUACGAUCUGAAUUCUUUGAUGCCCUUUCAAAUAUACACAUUACUGAAGGUUGGUACUCGGAAGCUGCCGUUUGCCAAGCUCAUUCACUCGCAAUUAUUGGAAAAGAGCUUCAAACAAAAGGCUUAAUUGCUCAAACAGAUUGGUCUCUUCUUGAUAUUCUAAACAAACAAAUUGCUGUUGAAGAAGAGCUUUUUAGUAAUGCAACUGUUGGAAAUACUCAACUUGGUGGAUUUACUAUCGAAGAUUUUACACGAAAAGUUGAUGAUUUGGUUAGGACGGUGUUACUUAGUGAACGUUAUGAGGCUAUUGGUCCAAUAUAUCGUCUUUCAAUUCCAAUUUUUGAGAAGCAGUUAGACUUUAAGUAUCUUGUUGGGAUAUAUGCCGAACUUCAACAAGCAUCUUCAAGGGCAGCUGAAAUUAAAUUAAACUCAAAAAGACAUUUGGGUUCUUAUUUCAAAGUUGUAUUUCAUGGAGAGUCACAUUUUUGUGAUGAACACAAAACUGAAUGGGUAUAUCGAGAGCCAAAACUUACUUCUUUGGCUGAAGCGUGUGAUCAUAUGAUUGAAUCUGUUCGGCUUGCUCUUGGGCAUGAUCGAGUCCAAAUUUUAAAUGACAAAUCAAUAGACGAAGCCAAUCUAGAUCCAUCAAUUGCUUUCAUUCAAGUAGCUUAUAUAGAACCCUCACCUUCUUCACCCAAUAAUUCUAAAAACAAAAAUACAAGUACUAAAAGUAGCAGCAAUACUGAUUCUUCUUCCACUAGCCAAUCAACCAGUGAAAAUAUUUUAACAAAUGAAGAGAAGAUAGAUUUAAUGGCAUAUAAUUCACAUACAAAUAUUUGGACAUUUAUUCAAGAAGAAAAGUUGAUUGAUAAUAAUGUUGACGAGAAUGAACAAGAAAUGGCUAGAACAGCUUUGAGAAGAUUAAUUUUGACUGUCGAAAGUCCAUUCCCAAAUACUCGUCGUCGUCAAAGAAUUGUUCAAACAGAAGAAAAUAUCCUUUCACCGUUAGAGCUUGCUUGCGAAUGUUUAAUUUUCAAAGCUGGUCAAAUCCGACGAAUUCUUACUGCUGCAGAUAUUCCUCGUUCACAUUAUGGAAUUCACGAUAAAGAGACAUUGAAGCGAUUAGAUUUAAAGCAAUUACAAUUGUUUUUGCAAGGCUCUGUUAGUCCAACUGUAAAUGCAGGAUUGUUAGCCUAUGCUGAAUCUUUUACAAGCCCUGCUCAAAAACAAAGAUAUGGUAAAAAUGGAAUUGGCCGUUUAGUUGUUGCAUUCAAAACUUUAAUCGCUGAAUUAGACGUUGCACUUCGAGUUAAUGAGGCAGCAUUAGCUGGAGAUCGUGUAGAAUAUCAAAGUAUGUUAAGACAAUCGUUUGAUGGAAUGCUUGAACGCCUUUCAAUGUUUUUUGAAGGAGAAAAGUUUUUACAAAAGCCGGGGGAGUCUGAUUCUGAUGACACUCUUUCUCUUGGUGUUUUUGGUCGUAUCGAACGAACAGAUAGUUCUGCUGCAGAGAUGCACAUUUUUGACUCAAUUAGUGGAUUAAAUGGAUAA